AUGGCAGAUCCCCCUGAUGAUCGUUAUCUAUAUGGGGAGAGAGAUCGUGAAGAAGAACGCAUGAAGGAGGCCAUUCUGGGUGCUAAUGCAGCAGCGGUGGAGAAACUACUGCUCUGUGAUCCAGAUGUCCUUGAGGCAGUAUUCGAUUUCUCUUUUCCAGAUAGCGAAGACUUUGUCACUGAGGGGUUGACUCCCUUGAUACUUGCUGCAGGUUUGGGUUAUUACACAAUCUCAAAACUUCUUCUUGCCAAAGGGGCGAACAUAUACGCUGAAACCACCAGCUGCGGAACAAAUGCAUUUUUGUUGGCUUGCGUUCAAGGCCAUCUUGAGAUUGCAAAAUUAAUUCUCGAUGUCGGAGGGCCUUGCCUUUUAGAGCUUUGCGAUAUGUUGAAAAGGACACCUCUCAUGCUAGCUUCCUUGCAAGGAGCAUUUGAAGCCUGUCAGUUUCUACUGGGAAAUGGGGCCGACAUCGACAAACGCGAUCCAAAAGGAUUCACCGUGCUCCAUUUUGCAACUACAGGAGGCUAUCUUGAUGUUGCCAAGCUUCUUCUAGAAACUAAAGGUGGUCUAUUAGAUCUACAGACUGAGAACAUUGAGACAGCUCUUCUACUUGCAGCUGAAUGCGGGAAAUCGGAUGUCUUUCAUUAUUUGCUGGGAAGGAAGGCAGACGUCACGGUGCGUGCCUCGGGGCAGAACACGGCGCUACAUCUAGCUGUCAAGGGAGGAGCCCUCGAUAUUGUUGAGAGCCUUUUGAAUAAUAAUUUGUUGGAAAAUGAACUCUUGACAAAAGGUCUUCAAGAAAAGGGAACCAGUGUUUUGGAACUACCGAAUGCGAGGGGAAGCACUCCUAUAUUGAUCGCCGCCGACGGAGGAAACUCUGAUGUUUUCCAAUAUCUACUCGGAAAAGGCGCAGAUAUUACAGUAAUUGUCUCAUACGGUCAUACAAUUCUGCAUCUUGCUGCGGGGGGCGGAAACUUGGAUAUUGUUCAAACGCUUUUGAGAACGAGAAGUGACUUUUUAGAGGUGCGAAAUGAGUUUGAAGAGACGCCUCUCUUCCUCGCAGCCGAAAAUGGCGAAUAUGAUGUGUUCAGCUGUCUACUUGAAGCCAAUGCGGAUGUCACCGCGCGUGACUAUUUUGAAAACAGUAUACUGCAUGCGGCCGCUGACGGAGGCAAUCUAGGCAUAGUCAAGGCCAUCUUGGAGCAGAAAAGCGAGUUUCUAGAGCUAUCAAAUGACGAUGGCGAUACGCCACUCUUGGCAGCGGUGAAAUUUAACAAGCUCGAAGUUGCCGACUUUCUACUGUCACAGGGAGCUAAUAUAGAUAUCCAAGGCGAGAAUGGAGAGAAACUGUUCCGUACUGCAGCAGGAUAUGGGAGUCUUGGAAUGGUACAAAAGCUUUUAGAUGAUCGACAUGAGCUUUUAGAGCUGCCCAGUGAAAACGAUGAAACUCCUCUAUUGAUUGCAGCUAAAAAAAGCAGACUUGAAGUUGUGAAGCUUCUUUGCAGAAAUCGGGCUGAUAUCAAUACUCAAGAUGCCUGGGGGAGGACCCCACUGUCUCUCGCUAUUCAAUCCGGUGCGAUCCCCGUCGUCAAGCAUCUCUUGAGUAAUGGCGCAGAUCCGAACAUUCUUGACUAUAAUGGCAAUAAUUCAUUCCACGCUGCUUGUUACUAUGGAUCUAUCUAUAUGACGAAGAUUCUCUUCGACUUCCUAGCAAACCACACACAGGAAGACGGUUUGAGAACAGCAAUUACCGCGCGAGAUGAUGACGGAGAUGCUCCCUUAUACGAUGCUGUUAGAAAAGAAAGAAAUGACCCCUCAGUUGUUUUCCUCCUGUUGGAAUCGGAGGUAUAUUUCCCUCGAAACCCUGCUCAGCAGAGAGGAUGCCUUGCGUCUACCCGAGAAAAGGAAAGUCUUUCUCCGUGGCUCUGCAAAUUGAUCAAUGAAAGAGCGUCUACACUCUCCCAAAGCAGAAUGAGAGCAAUAAUAUAUUGGGCUCUUCUAAACGGGGAUGUAGGCUUGGCGACUCUCGCUAGCAAGGCAGCUACACCCAUCAAGUUAGACCGAAAAGGAGCCACCUGGAUGCAUGUUGUUGCUCUUGUCGGCAAUACAAAAAUGCUGAGCAUCAUACUUUCCUGGAAGAGCCGUAUCUUAGAGGAAAUGGGAACAAACAACAAAGUCACACCAAUGAGCAUUGCCGUCAAAGAGGGGAACACUAAGAUGGUACGAGAAUUUCUCAACCAUCUUGACCAUACGAAUUGUUUAGAAGUCCUUGUUCAAGUGCCUAAGCAAGAAGAGAGUUUGAUAUGGCACGCUGCGGUGAACAGAAGAAUUCAAUGCGAGGAUCUAUUAUGGGACAGGCUGUUUAAGAUAGCUAAAGAGCAAGAAGAUGCCUUUCAAUUCUCCCAUCCACACUCUCAGAAUGCAGAGCUCAUAAUGGGGCUUGCAGCAUGGAGAUACACAACAGGGGAAACGAAACACAUCAAUCGACUUAUGCAUCACGUCGAGGGAGUUUUAAAGCUUCCAGCAAGCGCUUCAAGAAAGCGAACCCCGCUGCAGUUUAUCGUGGGCUACAAAUUCCCAGUAGCGCUUUGGUGGCUUCUUUCUAGUAGACUCUAUUUCGGCGAGAGCCACCUUGCAAAGGGGAAAUCAUCAAUGUUCAAAUGGACAAGACCUAGCCCCCCCGAGGAGAAAAAGGCCAGGGACCUUAUAAGAGGUCUUUUGAGCAAUUCACCCCCGGAGCGUCCACGCUUGAAUUUCGAAACUCCCUCGUUGGAAUUUCAAUUCCAAACAUCGGAUCACGACUGGCAGUGGGCUACAGUAUUGGACCUUACUAUUCGCGAGCAGAAAGUUACCGUGCAAUUCGCGCAGAGCUCCAUGAGCCAGAUCGUCUAUGGAAAAGGGCCCGACGAAAUCAUGCGAGAGAACAAGAAUUACAAUCUGCAAGAGAUCCAACACAUACUUUUCGAUAAAACGCCUGUCUCUAGAAAGGAGAAGGCAAGAGCUAAACGACGACCUGGAGAUAAUUCCACUACCGAUGACUUGGGUGAAGGAGAGAAAGGAAGAGAUGACAGGGAGCCAGGACGAGGUCCUCAGCGCAAAAUCCGAUGGAUUCAUAUUCCAGCGAAUAAUGUAUGA